AUGACGAUGACAUUGCUCGAGAAGUACUAUGAAUGGGCAAAUAUCACGGAGAUCAAGGUACUCGACUGGAUUGACCCUGAAGGUGGCUGGAAGGUUCAUCCCAUGGCAGACUAUCCACUUGCUAGUUUUGCUAGCGUCUUUGCCAUUUGCAGCAGUUAUUUGCUCUUUGUCGUGUUUGGUUCGGCUUUAAUGAAGCUCGGUGUUCCUGCAAUCAAGACGAGUCCCAUUCAAUUCAUAUAUAACCCGAUCCAAGUUAUCGCUUGCUCUUACAUGUUCAUGGAGACAGCCAUUCAGGCCUAUCGCAACGGGUACUCACCAGCACCAUGCAAUGUCUUUAAGGCUGAUGCUCCGGUCAUGGGCAAUGUGUUAUACCUCUUCUAUCUAUCCAAGAUGCUGGAUAUGUGCGACACAGUCUUUAUUAUCGUUGGCAAGAAGUGGCGUCAAUUGUCAUUCUUACACGUCUAUCAUCACCUCUCGGUACUCGUCAUAUACUACAUCGUCUUUCGUGUGGCACAGGACGGGGACUCGUAUGCAUCCGUUGUGCUCAAUGGAUUCGUCCACACUAUCAUGUACACGUACUACUUUGUGAGUGCACACACUCGUAAUAUUUGGUGGAAGCGCUACUUGACUCUUCUCCAGAUUAUCCAGUUCAUGACUAUGAACGUACAAGGCUACCUCAUGUACUCACGUGAAUGCCCUGGCAUCCCUCCGAUGAUCCCACUCAUCUAUUUAGUGUACGUGCAGUCUCUCUUUUGGUUAUUCGUGAACUUUUACGUACGUUCAUAUGUCCUUCGUCCACACAAGACGUUGUCAAUCAAGAAGAACCUUUAA